CGUCCUGCUCUGCGGCGCAGGGCAAGAUGGCUGCCGAGAAACAGGUCCCUGGCGGCAGCGGCGGCGGCGGCGGCGGCGGCGGCGGCGGAGGUAGUGGACGCAGUGCCGGAGGGGACGAGAAUAAAGAAAACGAACGACCGUCAGCCGGAUCGAAGGCCAACAAGGAGUUCGGGGAUAGCCUGAGCUUGGAGAUUCUUCAGAUUAUUAAGGAAUCCCAGCAACAGCAUGGUUUACGGCAUGGAGAUUUUCAGAGAUACAGGGGUUAUUGUUCCCGUAGACAGAGACGUCUCCGGAAGACCCUCAACUUCAAGAUGGGGAAUCGACACAAGUUCACGGGGAAGAAGGUAACCGAGGACCUUCUGACCGAUAGCAGAUACUUGCUGUUGGUUCUGAUGGAUGCCGAGAGAGCCUGGAGCUACGCCAUGCAGCUCAAGCAAGAAGCCAACACCGAGCCCCGGAAGCGCUUUCACUUGCUGUCUCGCUUACGCAAAGCGGUGAAGCACGCGGAGGAGUUGGAACGCUUGUGUGAGAGCAAUCGGGUGGACGCCAAGACCAAGCUCGAGGCCCAGGCCUACACAGCUUAUCUCGCUGGAAUGCUGCGUUUUGAACAUCAGGAAUGGAAAUCCGCUAUUGAGGCUUUUAACAAAUGCAAAACCAUCUACGAGAAACUAGCCAGCGCGUUCACAGAAGAGCAAGCUGUACUGUAUAAUCAGCGUGUGGAGGAGAUUUCACCCAACAUCCGCUACUGUGCUUACAACAUUGGGGACCAGUCAGCCAUCAAUGAACUGAUGCAGAUGAGAUUGAGAUCCGGAGGUACCGAGGGUCUCCUGGCAGAAAAGCUGGAGUCGCUGAUCAGUCAGACUCGAGCGAAACAGGCCGCUACCAUGAGCGAGGUGGAGUGGAGAGGGAGGACGGUGCCCGUGAAGAUCGACAAAGUGCGGAUCUUCCUGCUGGGGCUGGCCGACAACAAAGCCGCCAUUGCCCAGGCCGAGAGCGAGGAGACCAAAGAGCGGCUGUUCGAGUCCAUGCUCAGCGAGUGUCGGGAUGCCAUCCAGGCCGUCCGGGAGGAACUUGAACCAGACCAGAAACAGAGAGAUUACACUUUCGAAGGAGAGUCAGGGAAGGUUUCCAAUCGGCAGUACCUGCACAGCUAUCUGACUUACAUCAAGCUGUCAACCGCGAUCAAGCGCAACGAGAACAUGGCCAAAGGGCUGCAGAGGGCCCUCCUGCAGCAGCAGCCGGAAGACGACAGCAAGCGCUCCCCCCGGCCCCAGGACCUGAUACGACUCUACGACAUCAUUCUUCAGAAUCUGGUGGAAUUGCUCCAGCUUCCUGGCUUGCAGGAGGACAAAGCCUUUCAUAAAGAGAUAGGCCUCAAGACCCUGGUGUACAAGGCUUACAGGUGUUUCUUCAUUGCUCAGUCCUAUGUGCUGGUGAAGAAGUGGAGUGAAGCGCUUGUUCUGUAUGACAGAGUGCUGAAAUACGCAAACGAGGUCAACUCCGAUGCUGGGGCCUUCAAGAACAGCCUAAAGGACCUGCCAGAUGUACAGGAGCUCAUCACUCAAGUGAGGUCUGAAAAGUGCUCUCUGCAGGCGGCGGCCAUCCUGGAUACAAGCGACUCCCACCAGGCAGACACUUCCACCCUAGUCAAGGACAACAAGCCUCUAGUUGAACGGUUCGAGACGUUCUGCCUGGACCCUUCCCUUGUGACCAAGCAGGCCAGCCUCGUGCACUUCCCGCCGGGCUUCCAGCCUGUCCCCUGCAAGCCUCUCUUCUUCGACCUGGCCCUCAACCAUGUGGCUUUCCCACCCCUCGAAGACAAGUUGGAGCAGAAGACCAAGAGUGGCCUCACCGGAUACAUCAAGGGCAUCUUUGGAUUCCGGAGUUAA